AUGUUCGGCACCCUCCGCAUCGCCGCGCCCGCUGGCGUGGCCGUCAAGUCGCAGCGCAACGUCACUGCCCGCGCCGGCAAGUACGAUGAGGAGCUGAUCGCCACCGCGGCGAAGAUCGCGUCGCCCGGCCGCGGCAUCCUGGCCAUGGACGAGUCGAACGCCACCUGCGGCAAGCGCCUGGACUCGAUCGGCGUGGAGAACACGGAGGACAACCGCCGUGCCUACCGCGAGCUGCUGGUGACCGCCCCCGGCCUCGGCCAGUACAUCUCGGGCGCCAUCCUGUUCGAGGAGACCCUCUACCAGAACACCUCGGACGGCUCGCGCAUGGUCGACAAGCUGAACGAGCAGGGCAUCGUCCCCGGCAUCAAGGUCGACAAGGGCCUGGUGCCCAUGGCCGGCUCCAACGGCGAGUCGUGGUGCCAGGGCCUCGACGGCCUGGCCCAGCGCUGCGCGGAGUACUACAAGGCCGGCGCGCGCUUCUGCAAGUGGCGCUCGGUCGUCUCCAUCCCCUCGGGCCCCUCGAUGAUCGCCCAGCGCGACUGCGCCUACGGCCUGGCCCGCUACGCCGCGAUCGCGCAGGCGAACGGCCUCGUGCCGAUCGUCGAGCCGGAGAUCCUCCUGGACGGCGACCACGACAUCGACCGCACCCUCGAGGUCGCGUCCGCCACGUGGGCCGAGACGUUCAAGUACCUGGCCGACAACAACGUGCUGUUCGAGGGCAUCCUCCUCAAGCCGUCGAUGGUCACGGCCGGCGCGGACUCCACCACGAAGAACUCCCCGGAGGUCGUGGCCGACUACACGCUCAAGAUGCUGCGCCGCCGCGUCCCGCCGGCGGUCCCGGGCAUCAUGUUCCUCUCGGGCGGCCAGUCGGAGCUCGAGUCGACGCUCAACCUGAACGCCAUGAACCAGUCGCCCAACCCGUGGCACGUGUCGUUCUCGUACGCGCGCGCGCUCCAGAACACGUGCCUGAAGACGUGGCAGGGCCGCCCCGAGAACGUCGAGGCCGCCCAGGCCGCGCUCAUGAAGCGCGCCCAGGCCAACUCGAUGGCGCAGCUCGGCAAGUACGACCCCAAGGUCGAGGGCGACGACUCCAGCGCCGGCGAGGGCAUGUUCCAGGCCGGCUACACCUACUAA